UCGGUCACUUACAGAGACUGAGAGUAAAUAUUCUCAAAUUGAGCGCGAAGCCCUUGCUAUUGUGUUUGGUAUUGAACAGUUCCAUCUCUAUCUUUAUGGACACGAGUUCACUUCAAUCACUGACCACAAACCUUUGGAACUCUAGAUCACGCCCGUCUGCUAGAUUAGAACGGUGGUGUCUGCACUUGCAAGACUACACUUUUCAGGUCAAAUAUUGCCCUGGACCGACAAACCCAUCAGAUUAUCUUUCCAGACAUCCUUUACCAAAUUACUACAAUACGAACACCUGCAAAACGCCCAACUUAGCUGAUGACCAUAUACGUUUUAUCGCGCAGAACGCAGUUCCCAUUGCAUUAGGUAUUGAGCAAUUACGCAAAGCUGUCAAGCAAGACUCAACACUUCAAGCCUUGAUUGAAAUUCUCCAAAAUAAUACAUGGAACUCACUCGCAACUAAACAACCCGAUAAUACCGAUAUCGACCUUGACGAGUUAAAAGCAUUUAAAAAGAUCCAACAUGAGUUAUCAUUAACAUCGGAUGUUGACCUAAUUUUACGAGAAAACAGACUAGUUAUCCCUAAACAAUUACGUAAACAAGUGAUACAAUUAGCUCAUGAAGGCCAUCAAGGUCUUGUUAAGACAAAGAAAUUGAUACGUGAAAAAGUUUGGUUUCCUGGUAUUGAUGCAUUAGCUGCAAAAGCAGUGAAAGACUGCCUUGCAUGCCAGUCGGUAGGACAACCUGCGAAACUCGCUCCACUAAAUCCUCUGCCAAUUCCUUUACAGGCAUGGGACACACUCUAUGUUGAUUUUCUUGGACCCUUAUCUAGCAAAGACCUUCUCCUUGUAGUAAUUGACGGACGGACACGGUUUCCUGAGGUUGCAAUCGUUCGCAGCACCAAUGCAAAAUCGACGAUAACCUCUCUUAAUCGCAUCUUCGCGACACAUGGUUUGCCCAGAAGAAUUAUUUCCGACAACGGACCACCAUUCCAAAGUGAAGAAUUUCGUCACUACAUGAUUACAAAUGGCAUCACACAUCACAAAAUAACGCCAUUAUGGCCGCAAGCCAAUGCAGAAGCCGAAAACUUUAUGAAGCCAUUAACAAAAUGUCUCCAGACUGCUGUCAUCGACAACAAAGAUUGGAAAGAAGAGUUACAGUUGUUCUUGUUGAAUUACCGUGCAACACCUCACUGCACAACCAAAGUACCCCCAGCCACGGCACUCUUUGGUCGGAAUAUACGCAGAAAACUAUCCCAACAACCAAGUCGAGUGAAUAUGAGAAGAGUCAACAAGCAGAUAAACGAAGCCGAUGCAGCAACAAAAUCAAAAUCUUAGAGCUAUGCUGAUCAACGUCGUGGUGCAAAACAACCAAACUUCAAGGUUGGAGAUCAAGUUCUCGUUCGACAGCAAAAGAGGAAUAAAUUAACGUCGAAGUUUAACUCUAAACCAUACCAUAUUAUCAAGAUUAAAGCAAACACAUCGGGGGAACACCAGGUUACAAGAAACUGUUCCCAUUUCAAGUUAUUUACUGGAAAUUCGAAUACAGAACUUUCGGAGAGCGACAAUGAAAGUGAUGUGAGUGUGGAGGACAACGCAGUUGGUCAACCGAAUAUUGAAGUCGGACAAGGGAGGGGUGAACCGAGAAGAGAAAUAGAAGAACCGGUAGUUGAACAUCGGGAUGGUCAACGCAGAUAUCCCCAAAGACGCAGAAACCACCCUUUACUUUAUCGAGACGAACAGAACAUCAGAUAA